AUGGAGAAUGCAAAAAGUGCAGAUGAAACUGAAUCAUCAGAAAUAAGAAUUGCAAGAUUGGAAAGGAUUGUUGAACUAUUGACUGAAGCUUUAAGACAACAACAACAGAAUCAACAGCUUCCACCUCCUCUAUCGCCACUAGUGCAACUUGAACCAAAUGCCAAUGAUGAUGUUAUUGCUUUAACACAAAAGGAGAUUGAGUUCACUAUUGAGGUGAUACCGAGUACACAGCCAAUUUCCAAACCUCCGUACCGAAUGACACCUACUGAAUUGAAAGAGUUAAAAAUCCAGUUACAAGAGUUGAUGGACAAAAAAUUUAUCAGGCCUAGUAUACCACCAAGGGGCGCUCCAGUCUUAUUUGUGAAAAAGAAAGAUGGUUCAUUGAGGCUUUGCAUUGAUUAUCGUGAACUGAACAAGCGGAAAGCCAAUACCAUUGCCGAUGCACUUAGCCGGAAGUCAAUUGGGAACUUAGCUUGUUUCCUUACCGGGCAACAAGCAUUACUACUUGAUCUUGAGAAGUUUAAAGUUAAAGUUGUAUUGCAGGAGCAAGGCGGGACUUUAGCUGCUAUUUUCGCCCAACCGACACUGAUUAUGGAAAUCAAAGAGAAACAACAAGAAGAUGAAUUUCUAAAAAAGAUUAUUAACGAACGGGAAUCCAAACCGAGGCUAGAUUUUAGAUUUGAAAAUGAUGUGUUGAAAUUUCAAGGAAGGUUGUGUGUACCAAUUGAUCCCGAAUUGAAAAAGUGA